ACGCGGAAGUGGGUGUAGUCCUAAGCUGGGAGUUGGCUGGAUAAGGAAACGGCGGAAAGCAGAACCAGAACCGGCAGAGACCAGAACCCGGGACCAGGACUCCGGGACCAGUACACUGAGGACCAGACACCGGAGACCGUGCACCGUUUCAGACCGACACCGAGCCGCAGUUUGUUCGCUCAUUCUAAAACUUUCCUCAGUUUCUCAAGUCGACCAGUUAGCCUGCUAACAGCGAGUUAGCUAGCCUGCUAACAGGGAAGUGACGGUGUCAGGUGAAAUCGAGCUCGAGCCUCAGGUGUUUCCUAAGAGAAUCCAGACAGAAGAAAAAGAUGAGUGGAGGCGUGAACAGCAUCGAUGCAGUGAAGAAGAAGAUCAAAGUGCUGCAGGAGCAGGCAGAGGAGGCCGAGGACAGAGCGGAGAGGCUGCAGAAGGAGGUGGAGAAGGAGAAGAGGAGCAGAGAGGAGGCGGAGGCGGAGGUGACGGCACUGGGUCGUCGUCUGCAGCUCACAGAGGAGAAUCUGGACCGAGCUCAGGAGAGACUUGCCACCGCUCUCCACAAACUGGAUGAGGUUGAGAAGGCUGCCGACGAGAGCGAGAGAGGGAUGAAGGUAAUUGAGAACAGAGCUCUGAAGGACGAGGAGAAGAUGGAGCAGCUUGAGGUUCAGCUCAGAGAAGCCAAACAGAUUGCUGAGGAGGCUGACCGCAAGUAUGAAGAGGUGGCUCGUAAACUGUUGAUGGUGGAAGGAGAACUGGAACGAGUCGAAGAUCGAGCUGAACAGGCUGAGAGUAAGGUUCGGAGGUUGGAAGAGCAGUUGAGGAGUUUCGACCAAUCACUGAAGAGCCUGCAGGCGUCUGAGGACAAGUACUCUAUGAAGGAGGACCGGUACGAAGAGGAGAUCAAGAACCUGAGCAACAAACUGAAGGAGGCGGAGAGCAGAGCAGAGUUCGCGGAGCGUUCGUUGACCAAACUGGAGCGAACCAUUGAUGACCUGGAAGAGGCUCUGGCUUCAGCUAAAGAGGAGAACAAAAAGAUUCACGCCACCCUGGAUCAGACCUUGCAGGAUCUCAACUCCUUCUGAACCUCCUCCGUCACUGCCGCUUGACAGAUGGACAUCAUGACUUCUGUGGCACCUCCUUUUUCUCCUCCCUCUUCUCCUUCUGUCACAUUCCUUCUCUUGUCCUUUAAGUCUCAUUCAGAGUUUUGCUUUAAUUUACUCCUCUCGUCUGGACGUCCUACUCACCCCCGACCUCCCGACUGUGCCAACCCUCCCCCCGACAGAACCAACCCUCCCACCUGACAGUGCCAACACCCCCCCCCCCCUUCCCCCACAGUAUUAGGUGGUAGAGUCUAGAAGAGGAGUCGGCAUGUCAAAGGGACAUUUCCCUCAUUAAACUAAUUAAUGACUAACAAACCUGUUUGUCUUAACGGUUUGUCUUAACGCUCAUUUGUUUUCUUUCCGACAUUAAUUAUUAAUUGAUUAGAGCCAAUGUCUUGUUACACAAUGAUUAAUUAUUGUGUUCCAUGGGGGCGUGGUUUGAGCUAACCAAUCACAGUGAGGCAUUCCACUGCCAUAUAUGGUAGACCAGGGGCCAAUCAGAGGUCACAGACAGGUCACCUUUGACCUGAUGACAUUAAUAAAGUUUAGAGAUGUUUUUACCUGGAAGCUGAUGUCGUCAUCACUGUGCUGAUGUCACUGCUCAUUGUAAUAAAUCAGGAUUUUAUAAAAUAAAAGCACCGUCACUGGUCUGUAGAUCCAAAA